GCUCUCUCCUUCCUUCCAUCGCCUCUUGGCCUUCUUCCCUCCUUCACUCCACCCCCCAAUUCCCGCCAAAAUCACGCACCCCUCUGCAACGACCCAACGGUCGUCAUCGUCUCUCUCUCUUUUGCUCUGUCUCCCCCAUGGACUCGAUCGUGUCGUCGGCCCUCGAAGAAAUCUGCAGGCGGGGCAAGAGCGGCGUCGCCCUCGCCUCUCUCUGGAACGACCUCGUGCCAGCUCUCGCCUCCGCCGGCCUCGAGCUCGAGCCGGGGCUCAAGAGCGCCCUGUGGCUCAAUCUCCUCGACGUUCCGGAGCUCCAAUUCCGGUACUGUAGAGGCGAGAAGGACGCGUUUUGCAGUUCCACCGAUCGCUCGAUACAGCACGUCGAGGACGCGGAGGAGCUGGGUUUGAAGAUCGUAGGCAGCGAUGGUCUCAGAGGAUGCUUCCUUGGCCUCUACGACGAUCACCUCGCGGACUCAGAGGUCUCCAAGUCUCAGCGGAAAGCUCUCGAGCUCCUCGCCCUCGCUAGAACAGCCGGAAUCGCACAGAGUGAGCUUUCUAAGGUGCUUGGAAUCGAGGCUAACAACUUCGCCUAUGAACUGAAGUCCCUCGAGUCUCGAAAGCUGAUCACUCGGCAACCGGCGAUCCUCAGAACGGGAAAAGCUCGCUGUCCAGGGGACUCUUGCAAAGUGGUUUCUACAAACUUAGUGUUUAUGUCUCGCUAUUCGAAGCAUCUAGGGUCUCGAGGGAAGUUCGAGGUUUCGAGACAAGAGAAGAGAUUGGAUAUUCCCACGAGUGUCGAUGGGAAUUCUACCGGCGAAGACGGUUUUGCUAGUGAGGGUGUUGAGGAGGAGGUGCUCGUAAAGGAUUACCUACCUGCGAUGAGAUUAGUCUGCGAAAGACUUGAAAAAGCCGAUGGCACGGUUCUUGCUGUAAAGGAUAUUAAGAAGGAACUUGGCUUUGUUGGAUCAUCUUCAGCACAUAAAGCCUGGACAACUAUUCGUCGGAUGUUGGAGGAUGCUGGCUUCGUGAAGGAACAAGCCAGAGUUGGAGACAAGGAUGAAAAUUGCUUGCAACUGGUGAAAAACUUCUAUCCAAAUGCCUUUGUAUCUGGAGCUGAAGACAUUGAUAAUGAGCAUCAAGUAACAUAUGGAAGGAAAAAUCAUCACAAUGAGAUUGUCAUGGAGCUUCCUGUGCAGCAGCAAAUAUACCACAUGGUUGCUGAUUCUGGGUCUAAAGGUGUGACUUCGAUGGAGGUUCAAAAGAGGCUUGGAACUAGGCUUUCGCGUUGGUUCUCGAAAAACUACACUAGGCUUGGGAUGGAUAGGGAGAAAGUAGGGGUUGUUAGGGACGAAGGAAGUAAUUCAAAAGCAGUUGCCUAUCGGUAUCGGAUCCUUGGUAAUCUCAAUCUUACACAGUCGGUUGGACUUCCAAGUGAAAGCCGGUGUCUCCCAGUACAGGCUGACAACCAAGCUUCUAAUGUAGACUUAUCUGACAUAGGAGGAGUGACCUUAAGUGAUUCUUCGACCGCCCAAUGUAAUGGUGCUGCUGAGGAGAGUGUCCUGUUUAACCCAGAAGAGUUGCAUCUAGAGCAAAUGAAGUGUUUUCCUGAUGAAGAUGGUUAUCCUGGACAAACACAGACGGAAGCAAAUAUUAUUCAGGCAGCUCUGUCCUCGCCAGUUACAUCAUUAACUACCAAUGAAAUUCGAAGACGACAGAAGAUAUUGGAUCGACUCCAGGAUGAGAAGUUCAUUUUGAAACGUGAGCUGUAUGGUUGGCUUGUGAAUCUUGAGAAGGAAAGGGGUAUGACCAUGUGCAGGAAAACCAUGGACAAAAUUCUAAAGAAACUUGAGCAGCAAGGGCUCUGCAAACGUGUACAUACGAAUGAUAAUCCUAGCUGUAGUCGUAGUGCUGAAGUGGUCUUGCACCCAUCUGUAUCCAUCGAAAGUAUCUCUGCAGAACUUCAAGAAAAAAUCAGGUCCUUGAAACCGCCAAAACGAGGCCCGGUCAAGACUCUGGAUACCAUGUGUCCAGAUCCUCAACCUCCCAGACCAGAAGCCACACAAGCUGAUGGGUCCACUCUUGGUAAAAUGGUCGGUGCAAAGUCAACCUUACAGCAGGCAAUACAAGUUUAUUAUCAGGAGCAUGAACAAGAGCACCAUAAGUAUCAAGGCGACAUUCUCACUGAUCAGGAGACUAGAGUAGAAGAAACACAUGCUACAGCAACUCACAUAAGAAAGAGAUUUCAAGAAGCUAUAUUGCGGGAGUGCACAGAACUUGAUAUAGGAGGAUGUAUGAGGAGACGUAGUCCUGCCAGACAGCUCGAUAGAGCCGAACAAUUCAGGGAAGGAGAAGCUGUAUCAAUAGCUUCUUCCAGACUGCACGAUAGUAAUUUGCAGGUUUAUGACAAAGCAGGGGAUCAUCCAGCAGAUAUUGAAGAGUCUGAGCCUAAAAAAAGCAAAGUGUGUACUAUGUCCAUUAACAGGAAUGCGUCUUCAGCUAUGAACCCAAUAUUUCGAAGAAGGUUUACAUGGACAGAUGAAGCGGAUAGGAAGUUGGUAAUCCAGUACACAAGGAUCCGUGCAGUAAAAGGUGGAAAGUUUCAACGCGUAGAUUGGAAUCAACUCCCUGAUCUUCCAGCACCCCAAAAAUGCUGCCGAAGAAGAAUUUCCUUGCUUAAAAAGAACUUCACCUUCAGAAAAAACUUGAUGGGUCUCUGCAACAUUUUAAGCAAACGGUUUCUAAAGCACCUUGGAGAAAAGCGGGAGGGCUUACAUAACAAUAACAGCAAAGUUGUGAUGAAGGAUUUAUCAAAGGAAGGUCUCAACAUAGGUUCAUCAAAUAAUUCUGAAAGCACCUCAGAGGUCAGUUCUCAUAAUGGAGAAUGGGACAACUUCGAUGACAAAACUAUAAAGGCAGCCCUCGAGAAGGUUCUCCAGUAUAAGCGCAGAGCCACAUUGGAGGAACACCAUGAUGAUUGUAUAUACAAUGAAGAAAAUGAUUCCCUGCCCUCUGAUAUGGUCCUUUCAGACAAAUGCAUUGAAGAUAUUAAUCACCAUACUUUGGGACGGUAUAAAGAUUCUGUAGACCAAUCAAACUCCUGUCAUCUUCAUAAGAAGCACACCAAGCUAUCGAAUAAUAGGAGGAAGGUCAGCAGAAAAGUCCAUAGAUCCGUGGCCGUUUCUAAUGCUGUGGAGCUACUUAAACUUGUCCUUUUAAGUCCAUUGAGAGAAGACGGCGUGCUCAAUCAGAGUGCAGAACUCCUGCGUCAAUUUUCAAAUGACGAGCUUUUUGCAGCGUUUAGUUACCUGAGUGAGAAGAAAUUCAUGAUUUUGCGUAAUGGAGAUCAACCUUUACUUUCUCACACAUUCUUGGAGAAUAUUUCGAAGUCACAAUUCCACCCUGGUACUGGACAGCAAGCAGCUGAAUUUUCCAGACGGCUUCGGGAAAGACUAAAAGAUCUUAUCCAAGGGCAGGUUUUUCUUGACCGUGAGUUACAAUGUGGAGAACUCUUCCAUUUGUUUGGUUUAGUUGCUUUGGGAAAAUUAAAUAUUUCUGUAAGCAUGCCUGAAGAAGGUGUUGGAGAGGCUGAAGACUUCAGAAGCUUGAAACGUAAGUCUGCUGGUGAUGAAUUUCCGGACUGUGGAAAGGCUAAGAGACCAAAAUCAAUAGCAACAGAUGUUCUCGAAAAUCGACGGGAGAAGGGUUUUCCAGGGAUUAGGGUUCUGGUGGAACCUGCAUCCAUUUCAGGAGCUAAUGUCCUGACAUUGCUCGAGGAUGGAGAUCUCUUGGCUGCUGAAACUCGCUUGCCUCAGGAAACUAAUAACAAGGCUGUUGCAGAUCAGUUCAACAAUACCUGGUUUCCUCCUGGAUGUGACUAUAAGGUAGUUCAAGAACUUGACGAUGUAGUCCCCAUGACCAGGAAAAGUGAUGAGUCAUCUUGGGAUGCUAUGACAUGGUAUGCCGGAUAUUUGAUGUUGACACCCUCUGAUGGUAAGCAAGCAACUUACCUCACACCUGACAUAUUUAGAGCUGUCUAUAGUUCCCUUAAAAGGAGUGGUGAGCAAGGUUUAACCGCCAAAGAAGUCUCACAUAUAAUAGAGAUGCCUGAUGAGGCAAUGCCUGAAAUUGUCAUGGACGUACUUCAAGCAUUUGGAUUGGCAAUAAAGGUCAACGGAUACGACUCAACUCGUCUAACUGAUGCUUUAUAUUGCUCCAAGUACUCUUUGCCCUCCAGGGCAGUUUCCGGUGGGGACUGUAGAGAGCUUUCCUGGAUGAAGUCUCAGGAGAGGAGUGAUGACUGCACAGUACCUCAUCCCAAAGAUAAUAAUCAUGAUGUUGGUUGUCUCAAUUCAGAGAGAGUUGCACAUCGCGAUACUGAUGGAACUCCCAUAACGACUAUUACUGACUGUCACAAAGAUGUGGGUGCAUCGACAAAUACAGUCCCAUCCAGCAGUGCGCGUAGUUUGCUGGAUACUUUUGUCGUGCCAGUGGAAGAUUCUAAGGAGGCUACAAGUAUCAGCUUCUCUUAUGAUGACACGUAUAAGCCAAUUCUGCCAUGGUUAAACAUAGAUGGGACUGUCAAUGAGAUAGUCUUUAAUGGGCUAAUAUGCAAUAUCCUUGGUUUUGUGAUGCAAAAUCCAGGAACAACAGAGGAUAAUAUCAUCCGUCAUGUGGAUAUUCUCAACCCUCAGAGCUGUAGAAAGCUGUUGGAUUUAAUGAUUCUGGACAAAAACCUCAUUGUGAGGAAAAUGCAUCAAGCUACGUCUCGUGGUGGUGCCCCUCCCAUAUUGCGGUCAAUACUCGGGAACAGGUUCCGUGAUUCGAAGUCCAUUGUACGUGAUCAUUUUUUUGCCAAUCCCACGAGCACAGCCGUCUUAUAGGUAGAUCCGGACAGAAGCAUUUUUCACCUUUCUAGUCGUUGGUAUUUAUUCCGGGUGCUAUGCCAACUCAAAAGCAAUAAGGUCCGAAAUGUAUAUCAGCCAACAUGAGAGUGACCACCCCGAACGAGGACAGUCUAAUCUCUGGUAUCUCGGGGACGUCCGAAGAUUUUCCAUGUUUGAUAAUAAUACUCCAAAUGUAAAGUCAAUUAUUAUUUAGCUUGGAGUUUCGAUAGGCAUGCAUGGAAUUUCAGAUGGGUCACUAAUUUCGUGACAUACGAAAAGUUCAGAGUAUGAUUCUUCA